AUGAAGACCGUUUACGAAUGUCGUUAUAUACAUGUUAUCUUGCGAUACGCCUUGCUACCCGCUCUGUCGAUAGAAGAGAUGGACGUGAUACCUACACAGCCACCAAAGGAUUCAUACUUUUCGGGGAACGCCGAAUGGCAGGUGAUCAAUGUGACCGUGCGACAAAUGAAAUUUAUGGAGGAUGGCGAAUAUCGUGCAGAAGUGCAUUACAUUCUACAUUUGAAUCGUCGUCCAAUCUACUACAUCACUGUCAUAGUUGUGCCAACGUUUCUAAUCUCUGCACUCUCGAUUUUGGGAAUUUUCUCACCGGGAUCAAAUGACGGACCAAGGAAUGAGAAGGUUUCGCUGGGUCUUGGUUCUUUACUAGCAAUGACGGUACUUCUCGACAUUGUCGCUGGAGCUAUGCCAAAAAGCAACUCUAUACCACUACUCGGUGGGUUCCAUUCCCUGCUUCAUCCUUUAUCCUCGAGAGGAUUCGGAAGGACAUUUUGA